ACCUAAAUAUUAUGUACUCGCGUGCAAAGUACAAGAAAUUUUUAAUACUUUUGCGCUCGCCCUCUCCGACCUCAAGAGGGUGUAAUCAAGUCCUACUUUGAAUGAAUCCUAGUUUCCAAAUCUCUCUCUUCAUAAAACCUACAUAAUCACAUCAUUUAUCUCUAGGGCAAAAUGUCAACCAAACGAAAACCACCGAGCAAGAUUGCUUACCCGGUCGUUAAGCAGAGCGCAAAGAAGCCCCUCAAAACUACAAUUAAUGAGUCCGAGACAGCUGUCUCGGUUCCCGAUAUUUCAAAAGAGAGUAGAAUUGCAGGCGAGAAAGUAAUAGAGAUUUCAAGCGACUCGGGCAGCAGCGAGUACGAAUUUACAGAUGAGGAACAAGAAGACGACAAAACUAAGCUAGAGACCAAGCUGUCUCAAGAUCAAUCCGUACCAAAGAAGGCACAAGGGCAACAAGAAAAUACUGAGGAUGUUGAUGUCGACAUGCCCUCCCCAAACUUGCCAACAGAUGGCGAGUCUGAUCAAGAACCUGCUCAACCCACGUUUGGCGAACUUGCCCGCGCGCAUGAUACCAUUGAAGUUUCGAACGCAAUUUCUACCCAACCCAACGCCGUCGCUGCUCCAGGGCGGUCUCUAGCUCCUCCGAGCCUCUCAUCUUUAGGAACUGUUUUAUCACAGGCACUCCGCACUGAUGACGCAGAUCUCCUAGAGUCUUGUCUUCACGUCAGCGAUCUCAACACAGUCCGACAAACCAUUCAAAGAUUAGACUCCACCCUCGCAGGAACCUUGCUUAUGAAGCUUGCGACUCGAAUGCAUAGACGUCCGGGACGAGCUGGUAGCCUAAUGACCUGGGUUCAAUGGACGUUAAUUGUGCAUGGAGGCGCAUUAGCAACUCAGCCAGGGUUAGCUAAGAAGUUAAGCGAGUUACAUCGAGUAUUGGAGGAGCGAUCAAGGGGCCUUAAUUCUCUUUUAGCUUUAAAGGGUAAACUUGAUCUAUUAGAGGCGCAAAUGGAGUUCCGUCGGAUCGCACAACAAAACAAAGAGGUCGACGAAAGUGAUGAAGAAGAAGCUGUCGUUUAUGUGGAAGGGGAAGAAAGUGAUGCAGAUAUGGUUAAUGGGGCCAUGGACUUGGAUGACGACAACGGAUUACCUGUCACAAACGGGGUAGUUGACGGCGACUCAGAAGAGGAUGAAGAAUCGAGCGAGGAUGAAGCGGACGAAGACAACUUGGACGGUCAGGAAGAUUUAGAUGAGAACGAUGUUAAUCACGACGAUGUCGAAUCAGAUGAAGAAGAUAGCGAAGCUGAAGUAGCUGAACCUCAACGACCGGCAAAACGUUCGAGGACGAGAAGAAGAUGAAAGGUUCUCGCCAGGAAAUGUUAAACAAACACUUUCGAUUCAGUCUAAACGAUACCCGUUACUCUCUAAACCACCUAUCAUAUCCGGUAUCUACGAUAGUAUUGCGUAUCCCGUAAGAGACAUUGAACUCCCGUGGUAUGGUUAAGCCUGGCCAACUUCAAGGUUACUUGGUUUCUCUUUAGGAAUUUAAGCACGUAUGAUAAUACCGUCUGUAUAAUGUAGAAAUACGAUUUUAUUA